GCAGCAGUAUACUUACUGAUUCUUUGGUGGAAUAUCAAACUUUGAAACAUCUCUGAAGUCACCCCCAGCAUCCUGACUGACCUCUUCAGGGCCACAGUGCGUGUCCAUAGGAAGAACCACCUGGAGGAAUUGCAUGAGGCUGCACCCAGGAUUUAACGAGGAACGCCAGGGUGGACAAACUUGGACAUGUCAGUGUCGCCCUUCUAUAGUGCUCCAUUCUUUUGCAGUCCCAGAGAAAUGUUGCUAGAAGAGAAUAUUAUGUGGAAUGAGGCCUUCCCCCAUGUUUUAUGACGAACAUCUAUUCUACAAAUACCACGUGCUCUAGUCUGGAAGAAGCAAGCCGCCAUUUACAACAGACCUGAGAACAUGAGAAUGUUUGUUAGUGGCAGAAGAGUCAAAAGAUGGAAAUUUUUUCAACUGUUUGCCACUUGCUUUAUAUUAAGCUUCAUGGUUUUUUGGGGCCCGAUCAAAAACCACAUUGUGAACCAUAUGAAGGCCUACUCCUACAGAUACCUCGUGAAUAGCUAUGACUUUGUGAACGAUUCCCUUUCUCUCAAGCACAGCUCCGAGCAACCUCACUUCCCGUACUUGAUCAACCACAAGGAGAAGUGUCAGGCUCAAGAUGUCCUCCUCUUAUUGUUUAUAAAGACUGCCCCUGCAAACUAUGACAGACGUUCUGCAAUCAGAAAAACGUGGGGCAGCGAGAGUUACGUUCAGUCCCGACUUAAUGCCAACAUCAAAAUUCUGUUUGCCUUAGGAACUCCUGCUCCACCAAAGGGAGACGAGCUGCAAAAAAGACUGAUUUGGGAAGCUCAGGUGUACAAGGAUAUAAUUCAGCAAGAUUUCGUUGAUUCUUUCCACAAUCUUACUUUAAAAUUGCUCCUUCAGUUCAGCUGGACAAAUACCUUUUGUCCACAUGCCAAGUUCCUGAUGACUGCCGAUGAUGACAUAUUUAUCCACAUGCCAAACCUCAUUGCAUACCUUCAAGGGCUAGAGCGGAUGGGUGUUCGGGACUUUUGGAUUGGUCAUGUUCAUCGUGGUAGCCCUCCCAUUAGGGAUAAAAGCAGCAAAUACUACGUUCCCUACGACAUGUACCACUGGGCAGCUUACCCCGACUACACGGCAGGGGCAGCCUAUGUCAUCUCCAGCGAUGUCGCUGCCAAAGUCUACGAGGCGUCACAGAUGCUGAAUUCCAGUCUGUACAUAGAUGAUGUGUUCAUGGGCCUCUGUGCCAACAAAAUGGGGAUAGUGCCACAGGACCAUAUGUUUUUUUCUGGGGAAGGGAAGGUUCCGUAUCAUCCUUGCAUCUAUGAAAAGAUGAUGACAUCUCACGGACACUUAAAAGACCUGCAGGACCUCUGGAGGGAGGCUACGAAUCCUAAAGUAAAGAACAUUUCAGGAGGGUUUUUUGGUCAGAUAUACUGCAGGUUGAUUAAGAUAGUUCUUUUCUGCAAUUUCAUUUACAGGAGUCCGUACCCUUGUAGGGCUGCAUUUGCCUGACAGCACUUGAAGGCUGCACUGUGUUCACUCUCACUGAGCCAAACUUGGAGGGGGAAAAAAAUCUAUAAACGUUCCUCUCUACCCCAAGUAAAAUAAACUGAAGGCAAAGAGAUCAUUCCAAAUCCCAGGGGAUUAAAUGUUUGCGUGAUUACAGAAACAAGUCAGUGUAAGGUCGAAUUCAUAGUUUAAAAUUGUUUCAAGGACUUCAGAUUUUAAAAGAUUUAGAGCAUGAGCAAAGGCAAAAGUAAAGCAAAGUUCAGGUUCUCACUUGGUGCCACAUGUGUCUCUGAGGCGUGGAGAGCAAUUGCCAUGCCUUGGUAUCAAAACAGUGGUUUGGGGGAAAUACCUAGCAAAUGGAUAAUGGAGCAUUGCUAAGAAAUUAAUAUAUCUUUAGAACAAGCAUUCUAAUUUAUUUUUAUUAAAGAGUACUUAGUGGGGAUGGGCAGGUGGUAGAGAAGAAAAGUAUACCAACCUGAAGAAAGUUUCAUUCUAAUGAGGACAUAGAGGAAAAUGUCUACAAUCCUGGCACAAUUGAAUCACUUAACAUUGACAUUCCUACCGCUAUUUAUCUAGAUAGUUCUGGCACCAUUUAAAAUAUAUCGCUUUCUCAAAUUUAUUUUUUUUUUUUUUGAGACAGGGUUUCUCUGUGUAGCUUUGCGCUUUUCCUGGGACUCACUUGGUAGCCCAGGCUGGCCUCGAACUCACAGAGCUCCACCUGCCUCUGCCUCCCAAGUGCUGGGAUUAAAGGCGUGCGCCACCACCGCCCGGCUUCAAAUUUAAUUUUUAACAUAAAAUUUGAAAAAGUCAUCAGCUCUGCCCUCACCAGGACACUAUGUAGACUUUCUCUAAAAUUAUCAAACAGGAGUAGUUCCUGGCCCCUGAGGGCCUUCUCUAGAGAGAAAUUACCGUCAGCUCCAAUAAGCUAGCUUUAAUUUAAUGAAUUAUUCAACGGGUUUUAAAGCAUUAAAUACUGGCCUUUGCUUAAGGUAGUUGUUUGAAUCAGUAUACAUACUUACAUAGAGGAAUAUAAUAAUGGAAAAUACUUAAAAGAAGGACGGGCGAGGGGUGUAACUCAGCACCCAAAGAGAAAAGGCAAAGACACGUCCAAAGGCCCCUUUUCCUUGUAACUUGACAUAUUUUAGCUUGGAGUCCAAAUCACAGCAGUGAUCACUAAAAUUAGCCCACCACUUACCGACAGGGUCUUGCAGGCCACAGAUGUUGUUCCAAGCACAGACUUAUAACUUGACAGUCUUUAAUAUGCUACCAAGUCUAAAUAAUCCAUCAUUUGGCUAAAUAACUGUCAGUGAUUAUCUUUUAAAUAUUUCAAACAUGGCAACAGAGCAAAAGAGUUUGGUAAGUUUGAGCUAAAAGUUUUGGUAAAGCAGCAUGUCCUUUGUAACCAGAGGUUUGGCAGAUGAAAUAAAGUAAAUUACACUAAUUUUAAAAAGUAGCAUAAAAAAAUGUGACUAUAAUGCCAGCAGUGUACCAGCCCUGAAAGGACUAAGCAACGUCCAUCCAUGAGGACAUGCAAUGCUGGCCAAAACAGUGACCUCAACAAAAGCAGAUGGACCACUUAACCAACCUCAGGCAGAGAGACACGUGCCAGUGAAAGCCCAGCUAUCUUUAGGAUAGUACUGGAAAAAUGUAAAAAAAAAAAAAAUUUAAAAAUUUCUCAAAAUACACAACUAAAUGAUCCCUGUGUUUUUGCAGGUAGAUUUUUUUUUUAAUGUUUACAGAAAUCUUUGUGAAUUUUUCUAUUAUGAGAUUUGAAGCUUGUUUACACUGCUUGGAUCAUUUCUUACUAACCUCAAGAUGUGGUGUUAAACAUUCUAAGAUAGUUAUUUUUAGGGUAUAUUCAGGGUUUUAGAUUAUUACAGUUCGGAUUUUUCUGAUCAACUUUUUUUUUAAAAAAAAAAAAAAGCUAGAAAACAAAAGCAUUAUCUGAAAAGCAGUUUCAUAGUUAAUCCUCUCCAGUUGGCCCUUUGGUAACUGCUGGCUUUGGGUUCUUUUGGGUUCCUUGCAACUUUGAGCUGAUAAAAGUUGCCACCGGCUGGAAAGCAUCUCUCUGUGGCCACAGAGGUGGUCUUGUUUACAUCCAGCGCUUCAUGAAGCAUUUUUCCAUUUGAAGACUGAGCUCUCUUGAACUGUGUUCUGUUCCUUUAUUUUUGCUUAGAAUAGAAUGCAACUGGUUUGAAGUCAAAGGAAAUAUGAAGGUACUUCGUGACUUUUGGAGUUCUUAGGUGAUUCCACCAUCAGACCCGAAGGCCUGAAAAGUGUUUGUAAACAGAAGAACUGUUCUAACCUUUUAAAAAGGAAAGAAAAAUCUUGGUGCUGAAAUGUAAGGCUUUUUUUGAAAAUGAAAAAUAAAAUAGAAAAGGAAAACAAACUAUUGGCCCAAAUGGUCGCUUGAGUAAAAAAUGCCUGUACGCCGUAUUACUGCUAAAAGUUUCUUACUUCUUAAUUGAUUUGCAUCUUUUUUUUCUUUCAGCUGUUA